ACUCGGGUGCUCCAUUCCAUUUCUCCGUCGUCGCAACUCCGUCGUCGUCCUUCGGCUCCUCUCGAUGGGUUGUGGCAUCUCCAAAUUGGACGACCCUAAGGAGGCAGCCGGAGCUCUCCCACGCGCUACCCCCAAUCGGACCAGCAUUUGCUUCACCGGUGAAACCAACAGCCCGCCACAUUCCGACAUCAACAUCGUCACAGAUAAUAACAAUGCCGCCAAUCACAAGGAACAACAACAUUCUGCAAAUAAUAAUAACAAUACCAAGUUUCAUGAUCAUCAUUAUAGCGACGAUGAACAAGACGACGACGACCGCGGGAUUUGCCGAGGAGCAUCGCCGAGUUUUCGGGAAUAUUGUAUCGACUCUGACUCCAUAUCCACCAGCAUCAGAAGUACCGAAGAUAAUUGUGAGGGAGAUCAGUGCAAGUGGCAGAACGAUCCAGAUAAGGGAACAGAGAGUGAAAGGGGGAAGAAAGAUCGAAGAGGAAAAAGGAUAAUGAAAGCAUUACAGCGAGGCAAAUCAGGUGGAGUGAGGAACUUUUUGAAUGCUUCACGACGUCACCACUCCAAUUUUUCUAAUAAUAAUAAUAUUAAUAAUGAUCUUGACGACUCUUCCCACAAUCAGAAGCUCCUGGCCAAAGCCUCUUGAAUUCAAACCUCACUCUCCUUUUUUUUUUUUACCGUUUUUUAUUUUAUUUUAUGCAAUUUCUUCCCUUUUAUUUUAUUCUUUUUUUUCAGUAAUACUACGUGGACUUGUCAGUGUGAAACAAUUAAAUAUUUGA